AUGCAGGCCUUCGUACUGGGUAAAAUGCUGGAAGAGGGAAUUCCAGUGCAACUUAGUGUAGGAUUUGCUGGGUUUAUUGCUGUCAACUCUGCUUCUUGUGUGGUUGCAAUUCUCAGCGGCAAACACUCCGCGUUCUCUGAAAUUCUCGUGGACUCAUUGUUCGAUCUUGGUGCUACAGUAUUGCUUCCUAUCUUGCUUCUCGCUUACUGCUCACACACAUUUUACUACGACCAUGAUGUUUUUCUCAUUUAUAUGGAAUUGAUGCCAAUUGGGAGCUUUGAAAGGCGCGCAAGAAUGUUCGCGAACCCGACGGAGAUCGAGCUCUUUCGAGUGUGCUUUGACUCUCUUCGUAUUCGUUCGGUAUUGGACCUGUUCUUGCGUAUUGGUAUGAAUUUGGGGUUUUCGUAUCGUUUCAAACGCGUGGUGGAAGUCCUUAUCCAGAUUCAGAUGCAGCGUUUACGAGACCAGCAAAAUACCAGGGUGAACAAACAAACAGCGUUGACAAUUCCGAGAGCUGUGAAUAGUUCAAAGUCGUGCCAGAUAUCUGUGCCAAGGUCACUCGCACUUCUGUUUGCUGGUUUCAGUAUAGGGGUCAUCACAGUGACGCACAAAUCUAUCACGACGUCUCAGAGAAUCUGUAAACCUCACCCAGAGUGUGUGGUAUAUGCCUACCGGUUGAAACACUCCGAGUUUUGUCCAUGUAAGGCUCUAGUCAAUGGGAAUCGAGCUCCAAAAACUUAUUACGAGUGGACACAUCCGGUUGAUGCUACCGACAUGGUGAAAGCGCUGGCAGCAGCAGGGACACUCGAGACAUUGCAGCUUAUCAAUCGACAACUCACUGUGUUUCCAGAUGAGCUUCGUGGUUGUCACAAUCUCAAAUAUCUGUACGACUCAGCGAUGAGGUUGAUAAAUCUUUAUUAUUAA